AUGGGCCUCAUUGGAGCUGGAUCUAUCGGUGGCAAAGCAGAGUCAGCUCGACAGGCUAUUAACAAAUCCGAAAAGACUCUAGCUGCCUGUGCAGCAGCUGAACCUGAUGGCAAACUACAGAAGGCACAGGUUGAGCGCGUCUUACAACAGGUAGAGGAAAAUAUUUCCCUUCUGUUGGAUGUCCUCCAACGAAUGAGUGCGGUCCAUUAUGCUCGCUUUUGCGAGCUUGGGAUGGGUCUUCCCACCAUCGUAAAGGUCGCACUGGGGUGGAUUGAAUCCUCGACCAAACUCUGGAUAGGGACUCUUGAGCGGGUUAACAAGACUUCUGAACUUGUCCCGCGGAUCCAAUCCAUUCGAGAUCAGCUUUUGACGGCUGAGGCCGCGGCGUUGGAUGUUUACAAGGGGAUCGAGGUGUGA